AUGGAAAAAAGCAUGUUUUUGAAAAUCGUCGACGACAUCGAGGCGAAUUUUCCAUAUUUUAGAGACGGGUUCGAUGCACGUGGGCGAGGCAAUUUCAAACCGCUCCAAAAAGUUGUAUCGGCGGUAUGCCAACUCGCAACGGGCAAUCCGCCUGACGAGUACGAUGAGUACUUACACAUGGCCGCGAGAACCGACCGCGAUUCUCUUGAUCAAUUUUGUGACGCCAUCAUUAAGUUGUAUGGCCGUGAGUACUUACGUAGGCCUACCCAACACGACGUUGCUCGUAUUUUCCAUGCUCACGAAGAGCGCCAUCACAUGCCGGGGAUGUUUGGUAGCAUCGAUUGUACACAUGUCGAGUGGUUAAAUUGUCCAAGACACUUGAAAGGACAAUAUACGGGAGGCGACCAUGGCGUUCCCACUAUUAUGCUUGAGAUAAUCGCUUCUCAAGACUUGUGGAUUUGGCAUGCUUAUUUUGGUGCUCCUGGUUUAAACAACGACAUCAACGUUUUGAACCAAUCCGACUUGUAUCACACAGAGUGA